AUGAAUUCGCAGCGUGGUUCGUCAAGACGCGGUCGUGGGACUUCGUCCAGCCAUGGUCGUGGCAUCUCGUCUUCCUCUAGCGGUGUUCGACGUGGACGCGGCCGCGGUCGUGGAUCAUACUACAAUCGCUCCAACGCUGCAACCUCUCGCAAUUCAUCUUUUCGUGCACUGCGACAACCCUCAAUCACUCCUUCGACUGCUUCGAGACUGACGACUCCGAAUCCAUCAAACAACUCCCGACAAGCUUCGUCUGCGCCCAGUGUGGUACACGGACAAGUCCCAGCUUCAAUCGCCAACUCUCAACCCCAAGACAACUUCGAUGACGCUGCUAGUGAUGAGGCCCUCGAUGAAAUCGUUAUGGCAGUUGACAUGAAACCUCACGGUACCGUCGGUUGUGCAUACUACGUUGCUGCACAAGAGAAGUUGUACUUCAUGGAAGACAUUGAGCUGGGUGGUCCAGACAUUAUCGAAGCUCUCAAAACGUUCAUCGACCCUACCAUAAUACUUGUAUCGUCUAAACUUGACGACACAGUGCUGGAUAAGCUUGACCCAGAGCGGAGGAAUAUAGGCGAUGGGGACAGUACAGCAUAUGGCAUACCUGCUUUGUGCUCGCCCCGCCCUGUGUCUGAGUUUUCUUACGACUCAGCCAAAAGUAGGCUUGUCAAUCUUAAGCUCGGUUACGAAGAUGGACCCAGAAUUACCUUUAUGACGCCUGGAGAUUUUACUGCUGAGAGUAAUGAAGACCAUAUGACUGGGGAUACUGCUGUCGAGAUUUAUCAAGGACAGUUGCUGAGACUGGCUGGCUGGAUUGAUGUCGAGAGCCGAGUGACAGUUGGCUGUGCUGGUGCAGUCCUUGCAUACAUACAUCGUAAGCGAGCAGCGACCUUCUUGCCUGGAGACAUGGCUGCUCAAGCAAUGCACCGCAUCUCGACGAUCGAGAUGUUUACUCUUGCUGGCUCUAUGUAA